AUGAAUUCAAUAGUAGAAGUGAAUCCUAUAGACUUUAUGGUGUAAGCAUACAAAAGUGACUCAUUUCCUGAGUGAAGCAUGGAGAGGGGGAUGACAGAGCUGUGGGACUGUACUCCUCUGUACUAAUGCUUAGCAGAGCAUAUCCUCUCUUAUUACAGCUACACUGGACACGGCCAGAGCACUGAGAGAUAUCAGGUAUUGAUGUAACUGGAGUGAAUAAGGGAACCAUCUUCCUGAGCACAGACAUUGGAGCCUGUUAUCAGUAUGAACUCAUAUGUGUUAGACAAUCACUUGAAUAGUUCACACCCAUCCUUCACUACAGGAAGCAUCAGAAUGAUACCGCAAACUCCAAAAGUCUUAGACCCUAAUGACUAUUCACAAACAUUGGGGAUAUCAAAACAGAUAUUUAAAGGAGAUGGAGAAUUGGCAGGAACUGGGCAGCAAUCAUUAUGCACAGAGAGUAAUUUAGCCAUCAAACAAGAGGACAUUUAUGACUUAUCUAGUGAAAUGAUUCUCCCAGAGGAUAAACCACACAAAUUUACUGAGUUUUCAAAACAUUUAAAAGAAGGGGAAAGUCUUAAGUCUAGCCAAAUGAUUCGUACAAAUAAGAAACCUUUCAAAUGUACAGAAUGUGAGAAAAGAUUCACAUCCAAUUUGCAUCUCCUUGAACACCACACAGUUCACACAGUUGUGAAACCUCACACGUGUACAGAAUGUGGGAGAUGUUUCACAUCUAAAGGAAGCCUUAAGUGUCACAAAAAGACCCACACAGGGGAGAAACCUUUCACAUGUAAUGAGUGUGGGAGAUGUUUCACAUCCAAGGGAAAUCUCAUAUCCCAUGAAAAGACCCACACAGGGGAAAAACCUUUCACGUGUACAGAGUGUGGAAAAAGUUUUGCACAAAUAGAUAUUCUGAAAACUCAUGAAAUGAUUCACACAGGAAAAAAGCCUUUCACAUGUGCAGAGUGUGGAAAAAGUUUUACAAAGAUAAAUUAUCUAAAAACUCAUGAAAGGAUUCACACAGGAGAAAAGCCUUUCACAUGUACAGAGUGUGGGAAAAGUUUUACACAAAAGAGUACUCUGAAAACUCAUGAAAGGAUUCACACAGGGGAAAAGCCUUUCACAUGUAUAGAGUGUGGAAAAGGUUUUGCACAAAUAAAUAGUCUGAAAACUCAUGAAAUGAUUCACACGGGAAAAAAGCUUUUCACAUGUACAGAGUGUGGAAAAAGUUUUACACAAAAGAGUUAUCUGAAAACUCAUGAAAUGAUUCACACAGGGGAAAAGCCUUUCACAUGUACAGAGUGUGGAACAAGUUUUACACAAAAGAGUUAUCUGAAAACUCAUGAAAUGAUUCACACAGGGGAAAAGCCUUUCACAUGUACAGAGUGUGGAAAAUUUUUUACAUAUAUGAGUAUUCUGAAAAAUCAUGAAAGGAGUCACACAGGAAAAAAGCCUUUCACAUGUACAGAGUGUGGAAAAAGUUUUACACUUAAGUGUAAUCUAAAAACUCAUGAAAUUAUUCACACAGGAGAAAAGCCUUUCACAUGUACAGAGUGUGGAAAAAGUUUUACACAUAAGAGUUAUCUGAAAACUCAUGAAAUGAUUCACACAGGGGAAAAGCCUUUCACAUGUACAGAGUGUGGGAAAUGUUUUACACAAAAGAGUAAUCUAAGAGAUCAUGAAAGGAUUCACACAGGGGAAAAGCCUUUCACAUGUACAAAGUGUGGGAAAUGUUUUACACAAAAGCAGUGUGGAAAAUGUUUUACAUAUAUGAGUAAUCUGAAAAAUCAUGAAAGGAGUCACACAGGAAAAAAGCCUUUUACAUGUACAGAGUGUGGAAAAAGUUUUACACUUAAGAGUAAUCUGAAAACUCAUGAAAUGAUUCACACAGGAGAAAAGACUUUCAUAUGUACAGAGUGUGGAAAAGGAUUUACACAAAUAAAUGAUCUAAAAACGCAUGAAAGGAUUCACACGGGAGAAAAGCCUUUCACAUGUACAGAGUGUGGGAAAAGUUUUACACAAAAGAGUACUCUGAAAACUCAUGAAAGGACUCACACAGGGGAAAAGCCUUUCACAUGUAUAGAGUGUGGAAAAGGUUUUACACGAAUAAAUGAACUAAAAACUCACAAAAGGAGUCACACAGGAGAAAAGCCUUUCACAUGUACAGAGUGUGGAAAAAGUUUUACACAAAAGAGUGAUCUGAAAACUCAUGAAAGGAUUCACACAGGGGAAAAGCCUUUCACAUGUACAGAGUGUGGAAAAAGUUUUGCACAAAUAAAUAGUCUGAAAACUCAUGAAAUGUUUCACACGGGAAAUAAGCCUUUCACAUGUACAGACUGUGGAAAAAGUUUUGCACAAAUAAAUAGUCUAAAAACUCAUGAAAUGAUUCACACGGGAAAAAAGCUUUUCACAUGUACAGAGUGUGGAAAAAGUUUUACACAAAAGAGUUAUCUGAAAACUCAUGAAAUGAUUCACACAGGGGAAAAGCCUUUCACAUGUACAGAGUGUGGGAAAUGUUUUACACAAAAGAGUAAUCUGAGAGAUCAUGAAAGGAUUCACACAGGGGAAAAGCCUUUCACAUGUACAGAGUGUGGGAAAUGUUUUACACAAAAGCAUAAUCUGAGAGAACAUGAAAGGAUUCACAAGGGAAGAAACCUUUCACAUGUUUAGAAAGUGGUAAAAAAAAGUUUUUAUUGAAAUUGGGUAUCACAAAACACCAAAUAUUUACACACAGAUAAACUUUAUAUACACAGUGUGCAAACCUUUUUACAAUUAUCCUAAAGAGGGAACUCUAUAAAUAGAAGCACCAAAAAGGAUCCCAUUGUAAAUAAUACUUUCUAAAUGCCAGUUAUAAAGUGCUCUCCUGCUGUCCUUUGUUCCUCUAUAUAUGUACACCUCAGUUUCUCUCAUAUCAAUGUGAUAGAAUCUAAACACCACACAGGAAUAUACAGAUCUGUCCUCCUACUGACCAGUUUACACAACCAUUCACCACCAAAGAACCCCCAGUGUUGUUUAUUAAUGUGACAGUGUUUGGAGUUGUACGUUUGUUUUACAUAGGGGAGAAAAUAAUUACAUUUACAGAAUAAAGGAGUCUUUAUAUGAAUAGGGUGUUAGAGAAUUAUAUAAACAAGAUCAUCAGUCUCAAAUGAUUGACAUCUGGGAGAUAUAUUUAAUGUGCACAUCAUGUGGAUAAAGCUUUUCUUAUAGCAAUAGAUGCUUAGCAUUGUACAUGUUAUAUACCAGAGGAACUACUGAAGGGAAACUGAUUUUAUUUAAUGAGACACAAUAUCAGUAACCGGUACAUACGUGAUCAUAAUCAGUUUAAUUUAAAUGGCUACUAUAACCUACAUGUAUACUGGGUAUGUAAUAUGUGUGUCAUGUGAUCAUAAUCAGUUUAAUUUAAAUGGCUACUAUAACCUACAUGUAUACUGGGUAUGUAAUAUGUGUGUCAUGUGAUCAUAAUCAGUUUAAUUUAA